AUGGUUGCUGCAUAUGGACAACGGCAACGACGUCAACUUCGUUUCCUCGUGGGUAUCAAUGGUUUUUUAUUAGCAUUAGCUAUCUUUAUUAUUAUAUCGAUGUCGAUCUAUUGGGGUUUUUUCGAAGAAUGGACUGUUUGGACAGAUUAUACAAUGGCUUGGGUUGAAUUCAAUUUUUUUAUUUAUUAUUGGGAUCGAUUAACAAUCACUCGUACUUAUCUUGCAUUUAUUUACAUUUACGGCUUUGUUCUGCUGACAAUUAUUGGACUACAAAUCCAUGCGUUUCGCCGUCGGAAUGCAUUUUUAAUGGAAUACGUUCCAUAUUCAAUGUUUGGUUUGGCUUUAAUAACUAUCAUUGGUGGUUUAUGUUGGUUUGCUGUAACAAUGAUAAACAUGAAUGCCGGAUUUCUGACAAAGGAAACAUUUCUUUUGGAAAGACUUCGUUUUAAAGGCAAUGCAUUUAAAGAAUUGAAAUAUCGAGAAGAAUCUUUCCGCUUGGUUACGUCGGGUCUUGUACCACCACGUGUUUUUAUUUUAACAGCUUUCGUUAACCAACGUCAACGAGAUUUUCACUGUUGUGGUUGGAAUUCAUAUUUAGAUUAUGCAGCUUCAAGAGCAACUGAUUUGCCUGAUACGUGUUGUCAUAAGUACAAAAUUGGUUUCGGUUGUGGAAAAAACAUGUUAAUCAAUCCUAAUCCAGAUAUCGUUAACACACGUGGCUGCGGUCCAUUAAUGAUCUAUUGGUACCGGCGAGGAUUUUGGGAGAAUAUUUUCAUGGGUUUAUUUGGUAUAUUUAUCGGUGUGUAUAUAUUAUAUGUAUUUCAACAAAAUCGCAACGAAUUCAUCAAUUUACGUGACGAAUGUGACGAUCGGAAACGCAUUUUGUAUUCUCAUUCCAUGGCUUCACUUCGUUCAAUGAAUAGUAAUCCAAUAAAGCAACAAUUGAAAUCAAGUUUACCACGUUAUCCAUACAAUGGUAUGCGUGGUUCACCUUCGUAUGGUGCCUCAACUGGCUACGAUUCAGAUAACAAUAGCACAAGUGUUCUUUAUCAACCACGUGCUGGAUAUAAUCCAAAAAUUUAA